AUUAUUGAAAAUUGAUCGACGAAGCGAGAAUAAUGGGGGAAGGUGAGUGGCCCGCCGACAAGUGUGCCCCUGAAGGACUGAGAAGGAGGGAACCUGACAGGUUAAUGGCAAUUGUUAGUGUCGGGGACUAACCGUCGCCAAACGCUAAUAAUACUCGCGACGCUCCUGAUCCCUUUCCCCCCCCCAUUUGGCCUUGGAAACCAAAAUCACCGCCGUUUCCUUCCCUUGCCUCUGCUCGUCACUCUUCUUUCUCUCUGGCCCCUCAAUUCCACGCGCUGGUAUUUGCCCAUCGACCCCCCUUCUGCGCCGGAGAGAUAUGCUGUCGUUAUUGACAGCCCCUCCCUCGACUGUCCGCCCUCCUUAUCGUGUCUGGCUGCUGGCUUAACCCCUCCGUCGCCCUUCAACACUGACACCCUGACACCCACCCCUAACAUCUCGAUCUUCCCGAGGAAUGCGCCUUUGACACUGGCAUUCAAUAUCACACCCUAAUCAGGAACGCAAUGACCAUGGAGAACGCCGAUCGCUCCCCCUCCCACGUCCAUUCGGACUCCGUCAACACUGGGUCCCACGAUACCGACUCAAUGGUCACCGUGCCAUUGACCUCCAAUUCCGAACACACCCAACCCGACUGGCGUUCUCUCAACAUCCCUCAAACCCCUGUUGAUGUGACAUCUCCAACCCGGGAGCACUCGAGCGAUGAAGAGGACGAAUCCAGGACAACCCCGACUCAGGAACCAGCAAAGGCCGACCUAGAACAAAGCUCCAAUAAUGGCGAUGCUAUCUCGAUACGGUCCCGCAGUAGUGAGGAGCGGGACCGGAGCGAUGCAGUGGAUUGGGAGGAGCUGGAAAAGACGGAAGAGCAGGAACCCCGUUGUGAAGGGUCGGAUGAGUCGACUGCCCUUCUCUUAGCGCGAUUGGAGCAGGAAAAUAACGCUCUUGCGACAAAUCCCAAGUCGGCUCUCGCCAGCAAGUCGCAUGCGCAGCGAGUCACCCGACCGUCUCGUUCGCAGUCCUUGCACCAGAUCAAGCGACUGAUCGACGAGGACCCCCGAUCAUCACUACGCUACUCCCAACUGCCUCCGCCACCAAUGACCGAACUCGAAUUCUGGGCAGCGCUGGUCGCAGAUUAUCCCCAAACGGCCCAAAGACUACCUACAUUGACCUCGAACAAGAUCCGGAGCGGUGUUCCGCCACCUCUGCGUGGUGUGGUGUGGCCCAGCUUGGCGGGAGCCCGGGAUAACACAUUGUUGGCGGAGUACCAGCGAUUGUGUGGCGAGACGAGUCCCUACGAAGGGCUCAUCGGCAAAGAUAUUGGCCGCAGCUUUCCCAAUGUGGAGAUGUUCCGGGAUCCUAACGGGGAGGGGCAGCAGAUGCUCGCACGGGUGCUGAAAUGCUUCAGUCUGUACGACACGAAGAUCGGCUACUGCCAGGGACUGGGCUUUGUCGUUGGUCCCUUGCUGAUGCACAUGACGGAUGCAGAGGCGUUCUGCGUACUUGUUAGGCUGAUGGACCAUUACGACUUGCGGACCUGCUACCUUCCUGAUCUUUCCGGACUUCAUCUUCGCGUCUAUCAAUUCCAGAAUCUGUUGGCUCGCCUGCGACCUGGCUUGUUCGCACACCUUGAGAUGCUGCACGUUGAACCGGUAUACGUAUCGCAAUGGUUCUUGUCCUUCUUCGCAGUCGCGUGCCCGCUGCCCAUGCUUCUGCGAAUCUACGACGUUAUCUUCCUGGAGGGUGCCUGUGAGACAUUGAUGCGGGUGGCUCUCUCUCUGAUGACGCGGAAUGAGAAGAAGAUCAUGGCAUGCGCAGAGUUCGAAGAUGUCAUGCAACUGUUGCUUUCGAGGAGUCUGUGGGACACGUAUGCCUGCCAUGCGGAUGACUUCGUGAACGACUUUGUGUCUCUCACGUCGCUUGUCACAAAGGAAAGCCUCCAGGCUCUGGAAGCUAGCUAUAACCAAUCGCAGGGAGUUCCAACCGGCAUCUCGUUCCCUCAAAUGCAGGCAGCAGCUUCUCGAUUCCUUGGGCGUCUCUGGGCUGGAUCUAACUCACACAAUUCGGUCAAGUCCAUCAGUCUCAAUCCCAACAGUGCAAGUGCGUCUAAUCUGGCCAGCAUCCGGCGAUCAACAUCCAAACAGAGCAUGACGUCCACCCUCAAUUCUGUGGAGUCGGCCUCGGACGCCAGCACCGCGCCGACUGAAUUGUCGACAGACGUACAGAAGCCACGUGCCAAAUCAGCCAUCUCCCAGCACAAAGACCGUGACCUUCACACUCAGAUCGAGGAUCUCCUCAUGGCUCUCAGCGACCUUCAACGCCAACACGCCGACCUCACGCGAGAAUUGCAGCAAGAACGGGAGGAGCGCGAGGAGGACCAAGUCCUUGCCAAGUCAAUGCUGCAAUACAUCAAAGAGACAUCGGAAGAGCCACCGAUGGAUUUAGUCCACAAAGCCGACGCGAGAUUCGCCAUGGUCGAAACGCACAGGGUCGUCUCAACGGACCAAACCAAGCACCAACUGCGUGACGACCUCAAUCGGUACAAGGAGAUGCAUGAACUAGAAUCAAACCGAUGCAAGAGCUUGACGCGCCGGAUUGAUGAGCACGAGAAGGAAAACGCAUCCCUUCGAGAACAACUCCGUGAAGCGCGAGGCCGUAUUCAAGACAGCUACCGUGAGCGCCAGCGGCUAGAGCGAAUGGUCCGGGAGCUCCGCACGGUUAAAACCAAGACCCGGAAUUCUGACACGGCGCCAUCCGAAACCUACGGCUCCCCAACCAGCGAUACCAGCGAAGGCUACACCAGCACCGGUCUCCGAGAACUGAAACUCGUCCGCACCAACUCACAAAAGAGCCAAAAGAGUACUACAAAUUCGACGACGUUUACCAAACGAACCAGCAGCCUGGGGCUGCAAUCUGUCCUUGCAACCGAGAACAAUAAACCGGCAGCGGAGGAAUCCCUACUGCUUGAACUAGUCAAUGCAAAAACGGCAGAAGCAGUCGCACGCCAGGAACUUGAAGAAGUCAAAGGCAAACUGGAUUCGAUGCGGAAGGUCAUGGCCCGGAACGGAAUCAUCCCCGAAGGACGACAUUCAUUCCUGGGCAGGCCACCAUCUAUUGCGAAGGCACCUACAGAGCCAGCAUCGAAUGGUGGCGGGCUAUUUAGUGGGUGGGGAAGACGUGCUGUAUCCACCAGCAAUGAGUCUUACGAGGGAAGGUAGACAAGCCAGAAUACACGUACAUGAAAUGGCUGGCUGGUCCACGUCUCUCGCAAUUCCCUUGUAUCACUUUAUAUCUCCAUUUUGUCAUAUUUUCUGGUUGGAGUUUACCACAGCGGAUGCAUGUAUGCCUAGACGGGAUAAGAUGGUGUUUAAAUUGUAUGAUAUCCCUCCUGUACAGAUAACCAGUACAAACAUAAUAAGAAUAGUGAAG